AUGAGUUCCAUUGUUUCUUCUUCUCAAUCCCCAAAUCCUUACAUUCCCAACCACAUUCCUGACCCCUUCUACGUUCGAAUCCUCGAUACCACCCUCCGCGACGGCGAGCAAUCCGCUGGAGCUUCGAUGAACUCGAAGCAGAAGCUGGAGAUCGCACGGCAGCUCGCCAAGCUCGGUGUCGAUGUCAUUGAUGCCGGGUUCCCUGCGUCUUCAAAAGACGACUUCCACGCUGUGAAGAUCAUAGCUCAGGAGGUCGGCAAUGCCGUGGACGACGACGGGCACGUGCCGGUGAUAUCAGGAGCUUGUAGAUGUACUGAGAAUGAUAUUAGGAGUGCAUGGGACGCAGUGAAGUAUGCGAAGAGGCCAAGGAUUCAGACGUUUAUAGCGACCAGUGAGAUUCAUAUGAAGUAUAAGUUGAAGAAGACGAAAGAGGAGGUAGUUGAGACUGCUCGGAGAAUGGUGAACUUUGCUCGGAGCUUGGGCUGCCAUGAUAUAGGGUUUUGUGCUGAAGAUGCUGCCAGAUCGAAGAGGGAGUUUCUUUAUGAAAUAUUUGGACAAGUUAUAAGAGCUGGGGCAACAACUGUGAUCGUUGCAGACACUGUGGGCAUAAGCAUGCCAAGUGAGUAUGGCAAAUUGAUUGCUGAUAUCAAAGCCAAUACGCCUGGGAUUCAAAAUGCUAUUAUUGCUUCGCAUUGCCACAAUGAUCUUGGCCUCGCCACUGCUAACACCAUAGAGGGUGUAUGUAGCGGUGCAAGGCAAUUGGAAGUAACAAUAAAUGGGAUUGGUGAAAGGGCUGGUAAUGCAUCUUUAGAAGAGGUUGUGAUGAUCUUGAAAUGCGGUGCGCAUCAUGUGCUUGGCGGACUCUAUACAAGGAUAAACACACGACAAAUAUUUAGGACCAGCAAAAUGGUUGAAGAGUAUACUGGUUUGCAUGUUCAGUCAAACAAGGCAAUUGUAGGGGCCAAUGCGUUUUCUCAUGAAAGUGGGAUUCACCAGGAUGGAAUGCUAAAAUACAAAGGUACUUAUGAAAUUAUAUGUCCUGAGGAUAUUGGCUUUGAAAGAUCCGAUGCAGAUGGAAUUGUACUGGGGAAGCUUAGUGGACGCCAUGGGUUGAGAAAGCGACUUGAAGAGUUGGGUUACGAGCUUGAAGAUGAACGAAUUGAUGCCAUAUUUUGGAGUUUUAAAGCAUUGGCUGAGCAGAAAAAGAGAGUUUCUGAUGCUGAACUCAAAGCAUUUGUAUCAAAUGGAGUUUUUCAGACAGAGCAUUAG